AAUGAGUCCAAACCGGAGAUGGGAUGGCACAAGGAUCCAACCCAAACGCAGUCAACAUCGAUCCUCCGAAGAGGAAAGCAGUUGAAGUAGCAACUACCUUAAAUUGAAACUAUUCAUUUGUCCAUUACGAGUGAUACAGAGAAAGACAUUUACGGGUGGAUAGAUUUCCACAGCGGAAACAGUGCGGAGCAAGAAGUGGAAGCAAGAUAAUUGCACUGCGGAAUAGCAUUUUCUGAAAGUGUGGGACUCUUUGUUCUAAACUAUCAAGCGUGCAUUUAGAAAAGUGAUUUUUGUGUGAUUAUAUUGUCCAAUAAGUCGUAAAUUAGCUGUGCUAUUGUGACUUGAAAUCUGUGGAAACAAACUGUGAUACAAACGGAGUUGGACUGUUUGCAACUUUCCGCUGGAGAAAAAGUUUCAGACGCGUCAUCCCCAUGCCGGCCGAGUGCGCGGCCAACCCUCUGCAGAGGGCUCUCGCCGAUGCCAUCAUCCGGAUGGUACCGAUGGAUGAACUCCGCAUCCUACUGGCCUGCGGGGCCAAAGUUAACGAGCAGGUUACCCAAGGCUUGCGCCCCCUGCACUAUGCCGUCUGGCAGAACAAUGAAGCGGCGGUCAACCUAUUGAUGGUGAGGAGUGCCGAUAUCAAUGCCAUCGACGAAGUUGGUUACAGUGCUUUGCAUCUUGCUGCGGAACAUGGUUAUUACGAUUUGGCCAAGAUACUCUUGAAUGGCGGCUGCAAAGUGGACUACCGUGAUCCUUCGGACGAUCCUUAUCCAAGGACCACACUUUGCGAUGAACCGCUUCGGUUGGCCUUACGAAACCGUCACUACGAUGUGGCAAAACUUCUGCUCGAAAGAGGUGCAGAUCCGAACAAACGUUACUUCUUUGGUUCGGAAAUUAACUUGGCCACCGAUAUCGAAAGCUUGGAUCUGUUGCUUCGUUUCGGAGCGAAUACUGAGGCACGAGAUCGAUCUGGAAUCACGCCACUAAUGAGAGCCGUUCGAACUAAUGGAAAUAUCGAUGCUGUUCUUUUGUUGCUUCAGUAUGGUGCAAAUGUGAACGCAAUGACCGAUGCCAGAAACGAUUAUCGUACCGUCCUGCAUUAUGCUGUUCUUUCAGGAAAUGCUUCUUUGGUCACAUUGCUUAUCAAACAGGGGGCUCGCGUGGAUAUUCCUGCUCCACUUCCGGAACCGGAUAGUCCUAGCCCUUUGGAUCUAGCGGUGCUACGUGGCGAUCCCACACUGGUGCGUAUUUUGUUGGAAAAUGGUGCCAACGUGAACCGUUGCAGCCCCAUUAUCGGAUCACCUCUACACGUGGCCUGCGCUGACAAUAUUCCGCAUAGAGUAGAAAUAAUGAAAAUGCUCUUAUCAUACGGUGCCGAUCCAAAUGUUCGCGUAGUUGGAGAUAUUGCUACCAAUGCCAUUCUAAGACCGCCACUUGCCGAACUGAUAGCUAGUAACGAUGAUGUGAAACCUGAAGAACUUAGGUUACUAAUGAAAUUCGGCGCUAGAGUCAUCCUGAAAACCCAAUUCCGAGACCCCGAUGGAUUGCUGAACUGCCUGACCAACAUGAACCACAAGUCGGACUCCUUCCGGAUAAUACUGGAAGCAGCGGAAGAGUUCGAUCCCUGCAUGAUUCGCCGGAACCAGCAGCUGAACGACGAUCAGCGAAUGCUUCUGCUGGAGCGAGCCACUAUCCCGAUUCCGCUCAAGUCCCGCCUGCGAGCUCACUUCCGAAGGUUAUUUGGCCGCAACUUGCCUGAAUUUGUACCAUCCCUGUUCAUCCCGAGAGAGCUGCAGAGCUAUCUGCUGUACGAGCAUAGCUAUUGAAGUGGCUCGAUCUGCGUACGUCCGGUGACAGUGUAGAAUGUGGUACAAAUUAUUUGAUAAACUUUUAAUCAUCGUAAGCUAAUAUUUGUAGAAAAUGAAUCCCGAUGAGACUUGCCCUACGAGAACGAAUAUAUUCCUAAAACUUUGAACUUUGAAAACAUGUGACAUAAUAGACAUUUUGUAGGUUAAGUUAUGAUGCAGAAAAUUAAUGACGAUACUGCCACUUUCGAUGUGGAUCGUGGUCUUUUUCCUGGUAAAAAGGUUCCACGCAUGUCACUCGUGAAAGAAUUCUGGUAGUGAAAGCAACCCUAGGGUUAUUUGUAAUGUGUAAUACACAGGAAAACUUAUGCAGUAAACUUUAGACUUUGUAAUCGAUUGGUGAUCAAUUUAUUUUGUAGUUUAUAACGCUAUAUGGAGAUUCCCUAAUUUUAUUAUUUGGUACAAUAAAAACACAUAUUUUGGAAAAAAAA